UGUGUUACUCAUGUCUCAUUCACCCUCUCCCCUCGGCCUCCCUCCCCUCCCCUCCGCAGGCCAAGGCUGGUGACAGCCCCCAUAUAUUUAAAGAGGACGUGAGCCCCCUUAGGCAGUUGAGCCGACAGAGACCGCACAGGCAGACUUGACCUUGACCAGAGAGUCUUCAAGAUGCCAAACUGGGGCGGAGGAGCGAAAUGCGGAGCCUGCGGAAAGACCGUCUACCAUGCGGAAGAAAUCCAGUGCAACGGAAGGAGUUUCCACAAGACCUGUUUCCACUGCAUGGCCUGCAGGAAGGCUCUGGACAGCACCACAGUGGCAGCUCACGAGUCAGAGAUCUACUGUAAGGUCUGCUAUGGGCGCAAGUACGGCCCCAAGGGGAUCGGGUAUGGGCAAGGUGCCGGCUGCCUCAGCACGGACACGGGUGAACACCUGGGCCUCCAGUUCCAACAGUCCCCAAAGCCGGCACGCUCUGCCACCACCAGCAACCCUUCCAAGUUCACUUCGAAGUUCGGAGAGUCGGAGAAGUGCCCUCGAUGCAGAAAGUCAGUCUAUGCUGCUGAGAAGGUGAUGGGAGGUGGCAAGCCUUGGCACAAGACCUGUUUUCGCUGUGCUAUCUGUGGGAAGAGUCUAGAGUCCACGAACGUUACUGACAAAGAUGGGGAACUUUAUUGCAAAGUUUGCUAUGCCAAAAAUUUUGGCCCUACAGGUAUUGGGUUUGGGGGCCUUACACAUCAAGUGGAAAAGAAAGAGUGAAAAGUGCACCGUUUCUCAGGUCUCUCAUCGGCCUAAAGCACUUGCCAAGUAUCCUACCCAGAUGGAAACCCCUCCCCAAACAUCCUUUUGUUGGUAGUUGGACAGUGUUUCUCUUCAGAAGUGAUCACAGUCUUUACCUGAAGUUAGAAGAGAUCUUUGGAAGAAAAUUAUUAAAAGUCUAAUCCAUAACAAAUGCUUUAUUAUUUACGAUACUUGGGGUGGGAGAGGCCAUAAAUAAAAGUUUAAGUGGUAA